CUGCCCCCAACAAGCCGCCCAGGCCCAUGCAGCACCCAAGUUCCCCUUUGGCAUGGCCCAGGCCCACACUCACCCAGCAGCUUCCUGUUGCUCUCACUUGGCCACACCUCACGUUUGAGACAUUUCUUUGCCUAGAGUGAGACCAGAACCCCGACUCAAUGCUGCCGCUGCUGCUGCUGCUACUGUCCCUGCUGCGGGAGGGGUCCCUGCAGCAGGAAGCAGGCUACGAGCUGCAGGUGCAGAAGUCGGUGACAGUGCAGGAGGGUCUGUGUGUCCUCGUGCCCUGCUCCUUCUCCUACCCUGAGACCAGGACUUACGGGACAAGACCUGACCAGACAUUUAUCUUCUGGUUCCGAGAUGGGGACGCUAGUGACUAUGAUGAUCCUGUGGCCACCAACAAUCCCUAUCGUACAGUGAGGCCUGAGACGAAGGGCCGGUUCCACGUCCCCAGGGACCUCAGCACCAACAACUGUUCCCUGAGCAUCACAGACGCCAGGAGGGAGGACACAGGGAUGUACUUCUUCCGAGUGGAGAAGAGAGGAAGCAAUGUCAAAUACAACUACAUCUGGAAUAAGCUGUCUCUGAAUGUGACAGCCCUCACAGAGAAGCCACACAUCCAGCUCCCGGCACCCCUGCAGUCUGGCCACACCACACAGCUGCACUGCAGCCUGCCAGGACACUGCCCACUUGGGAGAACUCUCAGCUUCUCCUGGAAGGGCAGUGCCCUUGACUCUCAGACUCCCUGGAGGCUUGAACCCUCGUUGUUCCUGACACCAAGGCCCCAGGACCACGGCACCAACCUCACCUGUCGGGUGCAGUACCUCGGCAGUCAGGUGACCACGGAGAGAACCGUGCAGCUCAAUGUCUCCUAUCCUCCUCAGAACCUCAGCGUCAGCGUCUUCUUCCAAAACAGCACAGCCCCCAGCAUGCUGCCUACCAGCUCAUCCCUCACCGUCCCGGUGGGCUGGGCUCUGCGCCUGCGCUGCUCAGCACUCAGCAACCCUCCUGCCAACCUGAGCUGGGUGCGGGGACCCCCAGACCUGCAGCCCACCCCUGUCUCCUUCACCGACAUCCUGGAGCUGCCGCAGGUGCAGCCAGAGCACGGAGGGCAGGUCACCUGCAUAGCCCAGAACUCGCUGGGCUCCCAGCACCUUUCCGUGAACCUCUCUGUUCAGGCCUCUCCACAGCUGCUGGGUCCCUUCUGCUCCUGGGAGGCCCAGGGUCUGCACUGCAAAUGCUCCUCCCAGGCCCAGCUGGCCCCGUUCCUGCGCUGGCGGCUCGAGGAGCAGCUGCUGGAGGGGAACAGCAGCGGGAACAGCAGUGUUGCCUCCUUCAUGGUCACCUCCAGCUCUGCAGGGCGCUGGGCCAACAGCUCCCUGAGCCUCCGCGGGGAGCUCGGCCCUGGCCUCAGGCUCAGCUGUGAGGCCCAAGACAUCUAUGGGGGUCGAAGCUCGCAUGUCCUGCUGCUGUCACCACCAGGACAAGGAGCAUCCCAGCAAGGUGUGGUCCUCGCGGCCCUCAUGGGAGCCGGAGCUGCGGCCAUCACCUUCCUUUGCCUGUUCCUCUUCGUCUUUGCCAUAGUGAAGUUAUACAGAAAGCAAUCAACCGGCCCGUGGCAGGUCACAGAACAUGAGGAGCCUGUCAUGGCGGCAGUCACCUUGGAUUCCAGGCCAGUGGCCUCCAAGCCAGACAGCCCACAAGGCCAGCCUUCUGCUGGGGAUCCUUCUCUCCCACGGGAACAGCAGGAGCUCCACUACGCCUCCCUCAGCUUCCACAGGACGAAGCCACGAGAGCCUCAGGACCAGGAGGCCACGAGCACCACGGAGUAUGCAGAGAUCAAGACAACUUGCUGUGACCAUUCAGGAACGGAGGACACAGAAGCCAGCUGAUGGAGGUCCUGCCACGUAGCUUGCUCUCCAUGCGUCCCCGAAGAGGAGGCCCCCUUCGGCGAGCUCUCCCACAGCCACCACGCACAAGGAAGCUAUCACAACAUGCAGGCAUCACACCCCCACUUCUCGGUCCCAGGGAAGGACCACCCCCCUCCCACAGCGGUCAGCUCCCCAUGUGGUGCCUCCUGUCCUCUUCAGGGUCACCCAACUUUUACCUGUCAGUCCUUCCAGUGUCCCAUCACCUCCAGUAGCUUCUCCACUUCCUUCAUGGGAGGGGACCCAGUUGGCCUUGGACAACCCACUGCAGGCAUCUCCCCACUGCAGUCCUCCCAACUGUCUACCUUCUGUCAGCUCACCUCCCAUGCUGGUUCACACCAUGCUGCCUUGGCUACUCCCGACCCCUCCUUCUGAAAGGAUGCUCACUCAUGACCACUUCCCGUCAAACACGAGCUCACGGGUGGACGUGGGGCAAGAGAGCGGACUGAAGAAAGCACGCAUCCCCUUGCUCCUCUAAAGUUGAAUGAAUAUGUUAAGAAAGUACUAAACCCAACUAGCCAAAAGUUCACCAGCAACACUCAAGCCCACAUACCUUCACAUUUUUUUUCCCUUGGGCUUUGGAAAGUGGCCAUGAGGAAAAGCGUAAAUAAAUAAAUACAUUUUAUAGUAU